GCUCCAAGUCCGAGCUAGUAAAACUUCGAAAUUUGCAAAUCUCCCAAGAUAAUGUCAAUUUUCAAGCGAUGUUGAAGUAGCGGGUCCCCUGUUUUGCCGAUUUGAAAUGGAAGGAUGUGAAUAAAAUGAACCAGUACUUUCCAUCAGUGAUUCCAAGAACAAAAUUUCAUUACUACUCAGAACGUCAAAAAGAGUUUUCUGGCUACGGGAGCCAUGGAGCAUUCAAUAUUAAGACAACUGAUGAAGGAGACUGUCAGUUUGUCUUCCAAAGAGAGCAGAGAUCUGAGAGGUUUCGUCUUGUGGCUUCACAACCUGCCCUUCCACUAGGCUUGCCAAAUAAUACUUUUGUUGAAGAGAGCUGCCCUCUAUUGGGAGACUUGCAGCAGAGCAAGAAGACAUUCUCUGAUACCAUAUUCCAAAUCACUAAAGCAAUAGGCUUUCACAAAACAAAUGCAGAGAGGCGUUCGUUACUGAACCGCUACAGAGACAUAUUGCGGAAUCAUGACCCAGAGACAUUCAACAAGUCACGUGAUAUUGAUCCUGAGGCCAUCUUUCCCAAAAGAUUGGAACGCUUUGUUAGGGGCUCCUCCAGGGAUGUGUUCCUAAAGGAUCCAUAUACACCAUCUGUAAAUUACAAAUAUACUGGUGGAAGCCUUGGCAGAAGUGCCAUAUUCUCAGGAAAUGAACUGCAUAAUGUAUUAUUCCACCCCAGUGGAGCCAACAUGGAUGUUCUUACAUGUACAGAAAUGGAGGUUCUCCCUUGUGGUUCUACGAUGACACCAAACCCCACUGGAACCAUAAACUUAAAUAGUGGAAAGAUUUGUGAGAUUUCCACAGCUAGUAACACUAAACAUUAUGAUGAUAACUGUGUAAUUGCCAUCAGAACUGAACAAACUGCAAUGUUAUUAAAAUAUCAGCAAGCAAAAGCUGAUAAUCCAUUCGUGGUGCUUCAUGAAAAGCAGUGUAAAGAGGCGACAUCUAUAGCUUUGAGUCCCUACAUAGAUACAGAAUAUUUGGUUGCUACGGGAACUGGAGCUGUUGAAUUAUGGUCACUUGAUAGGAUGGAGAUGGUGUGUGAUGCUAGCUCUCCAAGGUUUCAGUGUAAGGAUGAGUGGACCCAGACUAACUUUGGAUCUCACCCAAGAUGUAUUACACUUGCUGACAGGACAGGGCUUGGAUAUAUUGACACAAGGAUAAGGGGUAAACGGGAGAUUCAAGAUAUAUUCUCAUUACCCCACAAAUGCCUUGAUACCAAAGAAAGAUUAAUGUGCAGUGCCCCCUAUACACCAGGUUCAUUCUACCACGUGGUUGCAACAGAUCAACGCCUGUUCUUGCUUGAUGAAAGAUUUCCUAACCACCCAGUGCUACAGUGGAAACAUAUGUUAUUGAAACCCCCUCAGUAUAUAGAUGUCACUACUAGUGGUUUACCCGAUUCCUCUGAUGACAUCAUCAUAGUCUCCAGCCAAGAAUGCGGGGAAAUGAUGUGCUUCCAAUGCAAUACCUCAUCAAAUGACCUUGACCUAUUCAACAUGAUGUCAGAGCCAGAUGUGUACCAUUCCACUCCCAGAAGUACUUGUACACAGUGGAGGGCCUCCCAAAUCAGUGAUUUUCCCAAAGCUUCGAGUCUUAUGGGUGUCACUGAAGAAAAUAGAAAGAUGCUAGACUUGAGACUGGGGGUGGCCAUACAAGGGAUCUGUGCAAUUAAUCUCAAAGAGGGACAUGGGUUUACAGCAAUACAGAUGUCGGCUUAUGGGGACCUGUUCUACCAGGCCUUCACUCCUGUGAUGGAUCAACGACUUGAUAAAACAUGCUCCAGUGGACCAUGUGGCUCAGAGGGCUUGAACCUAAAUGAGGAGAAUAGGAUGCAAUGUGCCCAAUGGGUGCAGCACUGCAAAACACUGGUGAGGAAUCAGCCUCAACUAGGACAUCCUUGUGAUGUGACCUCAAAUUUUAGUGCAAUCAGUACAAUACGGUACCCCCAUCUAUUGUGUGCCCUCUGCAGGGGUGACAUGCCUGCUGUUGAAUGUAAUCCAGCAGACUUUUGUGAAGCAUGUGGAUUUUCCUUGUCUAAGGGAAGACAACUCAAGAAAUCAGCUCAACAGGGUGCAGUAAUUCAUGCAAGCUCAAGUGAUAUUCAACCUGGCUUUCCCAGCAUUAUACACAGACUACCUCCAGUGAAUCCUCGACACAAUGACAGGGCCAUGAGUAAACUUAUGAUAUGCCUAUGGACAGAAGAUGAAGAUGUUGGAGAUAUUGUCAUACAGCUUGAUAAAGAACGUAAAGAACGUAAACUACAAGAAGACAAAGAGGAAACACAGAGUGUGUUAAAUGAGUCAAUUUCAUCAUCUAUUUUGGAAGAUAUAGAAGAGAUGAGUGUUCAGGAUAGUUCUUCAUAUGACCAACCCCAAAUGGAAUCUAUAUUAGAAAACAAUGACAUACCACAAAACAAUUUUGAGAUGGUAUCGACUGCUGAUGACAUUAACAAUUUUGAUAUCCCAAGUAGACAUGAAUCCUUCACACAGUUAGAAAUGCCUAGUCAGCAACCUGGACUCACAUACUCAAAUAUCAGAAAGGAUAUUGAAAAAAGGAGACAUGUGUCUACUCCGAGUCAAAGAAGCAGGUACUCAAAUAAAUCACGAAGUUCUAUGAGUGGAUUUGGAGAAACUCCCGAAAGAGUUCGUAAAUUUCUCCAAUCUCCAAGAAAGCCAUCAUUGUUUUCUUUCAUCGAUAACACUGCUGAUCAAUCCCAAAAGAAACCAUCACUUUUUUCAUUUUUAGAGAGCCCAGGGGAAGCUAUAGGAAGUGAGGAGAAGCAUGAUAAAACUUUUAAUAAUACUCAGGGACCACCAGUUAGGAGAAUUUUAGCAUCUCCAAGUAAAGGGAAGUCACCACUGAAGAAAAAACGCAAAUCCUUAAUGGGAUUUUUUUAACACAAUGCAGGGGUGAAGUUAUCAUUAUUAUGUCACCACCACAAG